AUGAAGACCGAGAGCUCGCUAUCGACACCUCCCACCCUCUCUUCGUCACUGUCGAGUGCCCCCUCCUUCGUGCGGAUCGGAGAUGGCUCGUAUUCGCCUGGAGAUCUGUACGUCGAAUGCCUCCUUCCGAAACACAGAGGUAGCAGCUUGGGCAGCAACACGAGCUCCAAUGCCAGCAUCUUGUCCGAGACGGUAGUGCUACCUUUUGCAGAGCACCCCGCUAUCCUGCAAGCGCAAGAAGAAUGCCGCUGUCUCAUGAAUGGUAACGACGUGUGCGUUCUCGAGGAUGAAAUAGUCAAGGAAGACGUGGUGCAGGUGCUUGGCAACGACGCUGAGCUCGUGUUCCCUACACGCAACAUCUUCCGCUACCUCGUGAUGUUCAUCAAAAACAUGGACCUGUUCCUCGAAUUUCAGGUCGAGGUUCUGGACGACUCGCAGAAUUAUCGGGUGUUCACGGUGACCAACACGCGGUCGUUGGCACGAGUUGAAGACACAGCGUGCCAACUGCCGCUGGCGUUCGGAUCGCACCCAGGGUGGCGCUACCUCUGUAUGGACCUGCAGGACCUCACAAACCAAGCGUUCGGCACAAGGCAUGUGACGACAACGGAGGUGCGCAUUCGUGGCAACUGUCGCCUUCUGAGAAUGUUUUUUCAAGACGAACGCUACGCUGAUGCCGAUCUGCCAGCACACCUUACCUUCCUUGGCGCGUAG